ACGGGGCCAUGGAGCGCGCGCUGCCCGACGGGGUGUCGAACGCGUCGGGGGCGCUGGCGGGAGAGGCGGCGGCCGCGGGCGGGGCGCGGGGCUUCUCGGCCGCCUGGACCGCGGUGCUGGCCGCACUCAUGGCGCUGCUCAUCGUGGCCACGGUGCUGGGCAACGCGCUGGUCAUGCUCGCCUUCGUGGCCGACUCGAGCCUCCGCACCCAGAACAACUUCUUUCUGCUCAACCUCGCCAUCUCCGACUUCCUCGUGGGGGCCUUCUGCAUCCCGCUGUAUGUGCCCUACGUGCUCACUGGCCGCUGGACCUUCGGCCGGGGCCUCUGCAAGCUGUGGCUGGUGGUGGACUACCUGCUGUGCACCUCUUCGGUCUUCAACAUUGUGCUCAUCAGCUAUGACCGCUUCCUGUCUGUUACCAGAGCUGUCUCCUACCGGGCCCAGCAGGGCGACACGCGGCGGGCGGUGCGGAAGAUGGCGCUGGUGUGGGUGCUGGCCUUCCUGUUGUAUGGGCCGGCCAUCCUGAGCUGGGAGUAUCUGUCCGGGGGCAGCUCCAUCCCUGAGGGCCACUGCUACGCUGAGUUCUUCUACAACUGGUACUUCCUCAUCACAGCCUCCACCCUGGAGUUCUUCACGCCCUUCCUCAGUGUCACCUUCUUCAACCUCAGCAUCUACCUGAACAUCCAGAGGCGAACCCGCCUUCGUCUGGAUGGGGCCCGGGAGGCUGGUCUAGAGCCCCCUCUGGAGGCACAGCCCUCCCCACCCCUGCCAGCCCCUGGCUGCUGGGGCUGCUGGCCAAGAGGGCCAGGGGAGGCCAUGCCACUGCACAGGUAUGGGGUGGGUGAGCCGGGCCCUGGUGCUGAGGCUGGAGAGGGAGCCCUCGGGGGCGGCAGUGGUGGAGGUGCCGCAGCCUCGCCCACCUCCAGCUCUGGCAGCUCCUCGAGAGGCACAGAAAGGCCACGCUCCCUCAAGAGGGGCUCAAAGCCCUCUGCUUCCUCGGCAUCUCUGGAGAAGCGCAUGAAGAUGGUUUCCCAGAGCAUCACUCAGCGCUUCCGGUUGUCACGGGACAAGAAGGUGGCCAAGUCCCUGGCUAUCAUCGUGAGCAUCUUUGGGCUCUGCUGGGCCCCGUACACACUGCUGAUGAUCAUCCGAGCUGCCUGCCACGGCCACUGCAUCCCUGACUACUGGUACGAGACAUCCUUCUGGCUUCUGUGGGCCAACUCGGCUGUCAACCCUGUCCUCUACCCGCUGUGCCACUACAGCUUCCGCCGAGCCUUCACCAAGCUGCUCUGCCCCCAGAAGCUCAAGGUCCAGCCCCAUGGCUCCCUGGAGCAGUGCUGGAAGUGAGCUCGGCCACUCUCCUCACGGGCUCUGUUUCCUGGGCAGCCCCAGGCGUGAGCCUCACAUUGUCUGCGGCCCAUGCUUUGUCACGGCAGCUGCUCUUAGACCAUUUGUCCUGCACCGAGGGCAGCCUGGUGGGUUGGCUGGGACCUCACUAGCUGAACUGGAGUGUGGGUGGUAGGCUCUGCUCCCGUACCGUACUUCCAUCCCAGGACAACCCCCAGGUCUCAGGCAUGUGUGAGGUGGUCCCACGGACAGGGCAGUGCCCAGUGGUGUCACCUUUUUCACACUUAGUGGUUGGUGUUCUCAAAGUGAACACUUGGUGUGUGUACCAGCUUCCCACCCAGCAGUGUGCUCCUGCACGCGCACACACCUGUACACCUUCCUCCCCAGACAAGCCCGGGAUGCUGCCCUCGCUGCUGUCUGUCUCUUCCUUAAGCCCAGGGCCUGUUUCUUCAUCCGUCUUCCCUCCAGCUUUCUGCCCCGCCAGUGUCAAGGGCCCCGGGAACCAUGAAGCAGUUCUCUGCUUUUCCAUUCUGGGUGUUUUCAGGAAGAUGAAGAAAACACGUCUGUGAACUUGAUGUUCCUUGGAUGUUUAAUCAAGAGAGAUGAAAUUGCCGAGGAGCUCAGGGCUGGAUUGGCAGGUGUGGGCUCCCACGCCCUCCUCCCUCUGUGCUGCGGCUUCCGCCGAGCUGUGCCAGCUGCCUCUGCCCGCCCUGCCCCCGGGCUUGGGACGAUGGGAUAGCCCCACCAUUGGCUCCGAGCGCGUCCAGAGCCCUGUGAUGCCUGCUCAGCUGGCCGGAGACUAUAUCACCAGUCCCUUCUGCACAACCAUAAUUUCCUUGGAGUUACUGGGUAGGAGGGAACCUGGCUAUACCCUAAGGAUCCUGAGCCUUGCAGGGACAGUGAGCAGAUCAGGGCCAGGGGACACCCAGGGGAGCCCACUUUGCCACCUCCUGUACACCUGCCACAGGCGCUCUGCAUGCUCUGCUGUCCUUGUGCCUGCUGUGCUGCCCCUGCCAACGUGAAGUCACAAUAAAGUGUAUUUUUUUAUUGGUGCUGA